AGAGAGGAGGAAACGGGACUGAAAAGAGAAAAAGACGAUCGGCCUCACUGUGACUGCCCGUAAAAUACUCCUUUUUAAAAAAAAAUAAGUUAUUUCUUCUGCGAAGAAACUUCGAGUUUUGUCUUUUUUUCUAUUUUUCGAAAAACGAAUCUACCUCCGUUUUAAGGAUUUUGGUCGUUUACAUCUCCUGCUGCUCCGUCUGCCGCAGGGCUCUUUCUUUACUUUUUGCACUCGACGUUGAGCGAUGUCCAGCAUGUCUGUGCUGAACCUCAGAUGAUCCAUGACCACACCCUGUUGAAGCACUUUAGCACCUUUCUGGAGCCUCUACCUGCUGUGAACCCUGCAGCUGAUGACCAAAAAGACCGCUCCCUCUCCCCGCCGUCGCCCAGAGCUACGCUCCGCCCUCAGCCUCACGCGCCUUCAGGACGUCCCGGCAUGUUCCAGAGGUUCGCCAGCACUCUGUUUGGAGACACCGAUGAUGCGCUGAGUCGACGCAGCCAAUCUGGAGACAGCAAAGAGGAAGAGGAGGAAGACUGGAUCCUAGUGAACUAUCUGACCGAAGCGUGCUCUGGCCGUUGUGGCGACAGCCUCUCCGGCUCCACUGUCGGCCCUCAUGAAGAUGAAGAGGAGGAAGAGGAGGACCUGGUGAUGAUCCCCUCUCCGAUGGCCAGCCCCGCUAUCCGCUACCCGUCCUGCACCUCCCUCAACUCCACGGCCGACACCGACCUGGACGGCGGCGCAGAGGAUGAGGAAGACGAGGAGGAGGAGGGUGGUUUCCUGCGCGUGGACGCCCGCUCCCUGGAGGAGAGCUGGUUCGUCACCCCCCCGCCCUGCUUCACCGGCCACAGCGGCCAGCCGGUCCUCCUGGAGACCAGCCCUCUGGAGAACCUGCUGAUCGAACACCCCAGCAUGUCCGUCUACGCCCACCGCAGCCCCCAGCGGCUCGACCCAGACAUGGACUUCCUGUCCAGCAGUGCGUCUGCAAACCAAACAGCUGCGGGUGGAAAAGAGAAGACAAGGCCCAUACUGGACGGUCCUCGUCACAGACCCGAGGCUGCGGCCGUUCAGCGCCGCUCCAGCCUGCACUCCACCUGCUACGCCGCGGCGCUCUCCGCCCACGCCGGAGUUCUGCAGCAGCGGCCGGGGAACGUCGCCCAACGCACCCAGGUGCUGUCACGUAAGGCCCUGCGACGCCUCAACCUGCUGCGCGCCGCCAAGGGCAGCACGCUCCACCUCCACCUGCACCAGCCCACCCAGAGGCACCUCAACUUCUGAGGGGACCUCGGGUCGCCCCCCAGAACCCUCAUAACACAUCUCAAUAUGAACCGGCCAAUCACAAACUCCAAUUACUUCACGCUCUUUAAAACAAGCACCAGCAAGUAGGCGGUGACCUCGCCGUGACCCUGUGGAUCCGUUUGGAUCCAAUCCUACAGGAAAAAGGAAAUAUGGCCGACCGUUUUAUUUGUUUAUUAGGUCCUUUGGCCAGUAAAGACUUCCCCUCCUUCGCCUCUCAACCUCCACUUGAUCCUUUCUGCUGAAAAGGAGGGAUGUUGAAAAAGAUCAUCAUGUAUAACCCCCCCCCCCUUACCAAACUGUCCUGUUUCUGAUUUAUAUCCAAUCUGAGAGAGAAAGGAGUCAAAAUGACGCGUUUCUCACUUUCUUUUAUUCUGCUCUAAACAGGCAACGCUGUAGGUCACUUUAUUCAGAGGCAGGUUCACAGCGGGGCAGGAUGGUCCGGUGGUGAUAUUUCAGGGACUCACAGGGUGGUGAGCUGCCUGCAAGCUGAUCAGCCAACCUGGUCAAGGCAGCAGGAGGCGUUGCAGAUCCUAAAUCACUUGAAUAUGUACAAAGCAGCAGCAGAUGGCCUCCGUCCUGUCGCUUCAGAUCUGUCAGGACGGAGCUUUGAACAGAGCUCCAACAGGAAAACCAAUCCUUAAAGGUGCUUUCAGCUCAUUUUAUCUCAUUUUUUUUACCAUCAGCUGGUCUUUUAAAAGGAGGCAGGAUGCAUCCAAAUGUUUGGGUUAAAUAAUUUCAGUUAAUGUUCAUGAAAUAUUAGUUUAAUUUCACAUAUAUUCAAUUAUUUUUCAGGUUAAUACUCAGCUAGCCUGAAGGAGCUCCACUAAAACACCACAGCUAACUAAGCUAACAGCUGUUGCUAGGCAACCAAGCCGGCCUUUAGCUGAUCACAUAUGUUUCUGUUUAUAUAGAUUUAAUUUAGGAUGAAUACAUUUAUCAGAAACUUUGUUGUCAGAUUCCAAAACAUGCAGGGAAACAGUUUAGUUUAGCUGCAGUACAGCACCCCCUGGUGGCUAAGGUUACAGUGUUGCUUCAAGAUGAAACCAUAAAUAUUUAUUAUGAAAACCCCCCAAAUAACUCAACUUCUUUGAAGGAAAAGU